CAGUAUGUGUGUUUGUGAUUUUUCAGAUUUAUCUCAACAUGUGUGCGCUGGGUGGCCACAGUGAUUGCCAGACCCCAAUGUACUUUACCACCACAGGAGGCUAAGGCACUAAUCACUGACAGCAGCUCUAUAUCAGGACUGGAGCUCACAAUCUAGGCUGACAUUCCAGCUCAGUCCUGGGGAAGUGCUGUAAUGUUGGGUGGAGGGGAUGAUGUAAGAUGCAGCACACAUCCUGUACAGAGGAUCGCAUCCACCACACCCUGGAGAGGUGUCUGCAUGGGCUGGACAAAGCUGCCUCCUCUUCAGCCAACUGGAACGCCGGGUUGUGUAUGAACCGUUGGACCUUGGAGGAACUAGUGAGCAGAGAACCUGACAGCUUCCUGAUCCUCCUCGAGAAGGUGCUGCUCCGAACCCAAGAGGUGCAGGAGAUGUGUCAGUACGAUUUGAUGGCCCCACUGGCCUUAACCUUUUAUUCUGCUGCACUCCAAACACCACACUUCCCUCCGGAUUCCCAGCUGCUGCAGAAGGCAUUUGACAUCUACCAGGGACUACUAGCCUGGCCCAUUCCUUACUGCAACAUCUGCCAGCACCUCCUGACAUUCAUCCGCGAUGAGAUGAGGGCACCAGGAAUCUCUUUCCAGAGGCUGGUGAGAGCAGAACAGGGCCUAACAACCCCAAAUCUUCAGAGCAAAACCAUGACGGUGCUGCUGCUGAACUCCUCUGAGGUGCCGAGUGAGUUUAUGCUGGAGGCAGAGAGGAUCGCGAGCCGGAAGCAGUCUCGGAGGCAUUGCUGUAUCAGUCUGGUUAAACAUGCCUAUCAGGCUGCGUUCGGCACCAAGUACAACCUCAGUGACAUUCAAAACGCACUGGAGUCUAAAUCGACGGAGGAGGUGCUGGAGAUCUCGUCGAAAUGUUCAGAGGUUCUGGAAUCUGCUGGAGCCAUGAAGGAAGUGGUGAAGAGCAGAGAGUAUGUAGUGAGCCGACUGGAGGAGAUCAGGGAAAGCUUAGGAUUCACCUUGAGCUCAGACCAGGGAAGGCUGGCAAAGUUACAGACCAUCCCACUGCCUCCCGCCAAUUGCCACAGUUACCACUGGGACCAAGAUAAUUUUGACAUCCUGCAUGACAUACUCCAGAAGGAAUGUGAUAUUCCCAGCGCAGCUAUGCUGCCGCUGAAUGACGAUGAGGAUGAGGAAGAAGAGGACGAGGAUGAGGAUGAGGGGGAGGACACUUUUGGACACGUACGAGACUCUGUGAUAUCAACAAUAUCGGUUUCAUCUAAGGAGAUGAUGAAGUCGUUUGUGUCUAACAUGUCGGGCUGUGUGGACAGUGGGUACGCAGAGGAGGGAGAGGAAGGUGUGUGCGAGACCCGUGACGAAGAACAUCAAACUGCGACCAAGAGGCUGACAAAGAGAAUCUUUAAGUUCUUCAGGGCCAAGUCCAGCCUCGCCAAUAACAUGCUCCCACCAGACCAAGCCGCCUGCUCCUGGCCUCUCCGCAGAGCUGGGAGCCUGGACUACGCCACCACCAAAUGCAAACUGCGUUUGAAAUCCCGGCGCUCGCAAUCCCUGCCCCAGCAAGUGACCGGAGCCCUGAGGGUGGACACACACUUGCCGCACAGCACCGGCUACAAGCGCCGGCCGUACCUCAGCUUCGAGGACGAAACUAAAAUCAUGACGCUGCGUGUUGUGGUGUUCGGCACCGACCGAAUGCUGGGAAAAGUAGCGAGAGCUUACAGCAAUCUCAGGAUACAAGAAAGCAAAUCUCCUUUUCUCACGAAAUACUUCAAGAUGCAGUUUUUUCAUAUUCCUCUGAAAGAAAAUAUUCCAAGGGUUCCAGUGUCACUCAGCUCUGCCCCCGAUAACCAACGUCGCUCAUCCAUACAGCAGGACUGCGAGGACGCAGGGAAGAACAGCAACGACCGCAUCGCUCAGUACCUGGGAAUGCUGGAUCCUUGGUAUCAACGCAACGUCCUUGACUUACUGAACCUCCCCACAGACCUGCUGUGUCAGGAGCCUUCCAAGCCUGAGAACGGUCAUGGCGGAGGAACGCAAGACAAGCUCUCGAUCCUCGGGGACCUGACGCUGUAUUAUUGCAGGAAUGCAGCUCAACCAGUGCUGAUCCAGCUGUUCCAGGCAGAGCUAACACUUGCAGGUGGGGAGAAAAAAUCUGAGGUCUUCAUCUACUCGUUGGAGAUGGGUCAAUCUGCUGCCACAAGGGCCAUCAAGGCUUCAGGGGCAGGGAAGAAGCGUCUAGGCAUCGAUGGUGACAGAGAGGCCGUUCCAUUAGCAUUACAGAUUUCUUACAGUCGGGCUACAGUCAGCAGAAGAAACCAGUGGAACGAUGUGGAAAAAAGCUGCACAUCAGUAAACCUGAGGAAGGCAUGCAAGAGACACGAUGGGCUGGAAGCCAGUCCGGAAUACCUCCAUCUCUCGAUGACUGAAGUGGUCAAGCGGCAAAACUCCAAAACCAAGAUGAGUUAUAAUCAGCAAAUAAGUGUGACGCGAAUCAAAGUUGACAAAGUGCAAGUGCUUGGGCGCAAUAGCACCACCUUCGUCGUGUGCUUUGACCAGGAUGAGCAAAAGGUUCUUCAGAGUGUGACUAGGUGCGAGGUGUCUGUGUGUUACAAGCCUGAGAAGAUGGUGCUACAGAGGCUGAGGAAAGAGAGCCACUUUCAACAGCACCCAUCAAAGUACUACUCCCUGCUCUGUCUUCCCAUUGUUACCUUCAGUGGCCCAAUACCAUAGAGCCUCAGUGUGCAUGGCACAUCUUCCUUCCACACCACCGUGACAACACAACACUUCACCGUAUCGCAACGCACUUCCCUUAGAAAAGUGACUCUUCUUGGUGUUUCAAGAAGUAUUCAGGGGAAGUGGCAAAGUCAAAGCGUGUAACAAUUGACAUUGGCUUUGUAUUAGGGCAGCAGAUUUCAUAACAUUCUCACGGAAGCUGGCAAGGUGACGUGUCACUGCUCAGCUUCAUGAGGAAGUGAGAGAGCUCCAGGGGAGGCCCGAGAGGCAGACUCCCAAAUAUGUUUCUAUCUGAAUAGGUGGUCACAUUGUGCUGUAGAGGCUAAGAUCCAAUCAUAUAAAGGGAGCUCCAAAUCUCAGGCAGAUGAUUGAAGGAGGUGCCAAGCAAGUGGUGGAAUAUCUGGCCAUCCCAGGCCAUUGCCAUACAUCCUGAAGGCUGGCGUAGGUGGUCUGCCUCUCUGUGGCUGUGUGAUAGCGUGUGAUGUGGAGAGCGGAGGCGGUAUGUGGUCUACAGAGUGGAGAAAGUGAGUGAUAUUGAGAGUGUGUGGGGGUGGAGGGCGGGCAGUGGCGGGUUGGUCUAGAGUGCAUGUGAUUGACUGAGCUGAAGGAAAAUUAUUACCGAUCACCGUAAUAGUAACGUCUGAAAUCCUGAGAUUCAGUUUCUAGUUAAUGAAGAGUUGUGGGGUAAGAUUGCCAGAAUAAGAUUUAUUUCCAUUCCUCUUGGUCAAGCUUGUUGCACUCGCGAAAAGUUCAAAAAAUAAUAUCCUUAACUGUUUGAAGACAAGAAGAGGCUGCGCUAAAUGAAAGUCAAUCAAAGAGUUCCUUCUGCUCAGUAUCGCACUUUGUAAACUUUAAGACCAUUGGAAGGUUAACAGGCCGUGAUGUUUUGCAGAUAUUAAAAUGAUUGAUGCACGUACGUUUGAAAGUUGAAUACAGGAGUUUGAAUGUUCUCUGAUUGACGUGUGACUGGAAUGUCUUCGAGGCUGACCACAGGAAUAGUACCAAGGGUUGGAUAAAGUGUUGAUGUCAUACAUCAUUUACUUCUACCUCACUUGUGGCUACACCUUAGAGACCAUACAGCGAGAUGGAAUUUAUGAACACUUCGAAACGCUUAGACUUAUAAAGGGCAGGACAUGCUUUAUGAAUUUUACUGAAUUCUUUUAAGGAAAUCACAAUGUAUGUAGAUAUAUAAAGGGACCUGAAGCCCAUAUUCUUGUACAUUUUUAAGAGACACUGUGAUCUGAAUUGUACAGUUAAAAAUGGUCAAAAGAUUCUGUAAAAAUGUCUUGUUUAUUUUCACCCCAUGAAGGUUUAAUUCUAAAGAAAUAAAAAGUCAAAAUAAUGAA